AUAUACACUGUAGAAGCAGUCACGCGCAGCAGCAAGGGAGAGCCAAAUGUAAACAUCAAUGCUACGUAAAAUCAAAGUCCACUUUUCUAACAAUACUGUGAAAAUGGAGAUCAUGGGGACGGAUCCUGAGUUACGAGGCAGACCGAGUAGUUACGAUGAAUCCCUUGAUAGGAUCCAUCCUGGUCGUAGAUCCUCGGAGUCGGACGAUGAAGACGCAACACGACCCAUCGACUUCACCGGAAGUACUCGGUACAGCAUGACAGAGAGUGAACGCGUUGACGUUUGUGACUCUACUGCCCUCCUUCAAGCUGUAGUGUUUGUUGAAGAUGCUGUCAAGUAUCGAAGUAUAAACCACAAGACUGACAGGGUGUCCCUGUGGUACUACAGAGUCUACUAUUCCCGACUUGUGCAAUGGAUCCUCAAUCUUGCCAUCGCCACCAUCCUCAUCGUGGCGUUCUUUGAAUACCCGUCCUCGCUGACGACCGGCAACUCCUCCGACCCGCGGUAUCGCGGAGAGCACAGGAAUCCCCCAUGUGGCGUCACAGAGGCCAUUGAGUUCACGUGCUUGCUUAUCUUCACGGCGGACCUAGUCAUGAAGGUGUAUCUGAAAGGCACCAAGCAGUUCAUCCGGUCUCCCUGGCUCAUAGCUUACGUGCUUGUUAUCGUGACGUCACUGGCAGACUGGAUUGUCACUGUCAAUGGUUCCUGUGGCACGAUGGUUCGGUUUCGUCGCCUGCUGCGUCCGUUCUUCCUUCUCCAGAACUCCACCCUCAUGAAGAAAACUGUCAGGAGUAUCUUCCGCACUCUCCCCAAGGUUGCUAGCGUGCUUUUGCUACUGAUGAUCCACUUGUAUUUCUUCACCAUGGUGGGUAUGCUGAUCUUCCCUCAACCACAGCAUCACGUGCGGCCCAAUGAUGCAGCAGCCACAGUUUCAUCAACAACAGGCAGGAAAAAACACACAAAUCCGAUGUCAACAACUCCAUCUCCAACAACGCCGGAUGGGGUUACACAUGCCUAUGGCCCUGAUCCAUACUCAGAGGCAGCCAUGUACUUCAAGGACAUUCUGACUGGGUUUAUGAGUCUGCUUGUCCUGCUGACCACAGCCAACAACCCCGAUGUGACGAUGCCAGCGUACAUGUUCAACAGGUUUUACUGCUUGUACUUCAUUCUCUUCCUAGUCAUUGGACUGUACUUUUUCUUCAACAUGCUAACGGCUGUGAUCUACAAUGAAUUCCGAGGCUAUCUCCUGCGUUCCAUGCAGAGCAGUCUGAUGCGUCGCCGGCUAGGCUUCCAGGCCGCCUUUGAGAUGCUGAGGAGGCAGGGCCGACUGACCCUGAACACGGCGGGAGUCAGUAUGGUCACCUCGCUGAGCGUCAGCGUGGUCAAGGCAGUCAUACUACAGACCAAUAUCAAGAAGAGUGCCAAGAAAGCUAUUGUCACUGAAUUGGAUGAAAACAUGGGAGGGUCGCUGACAUCCUCCGACUUCCAGCAGCUGUUUGAUGUCCUUGAUAGAGACACCAGUCGACGCAGGAAGCCACCGAUUGUGCCCAAGAACAACCACAUCCUCAGAAAGAUCCAGUUCUGCAUAACGCAUCAGUUCUUCAACUACUUUGGGGCCCUGGUAGCCAUGUGCAAUGUGAUUGUCAUCUCGUUGGAAGUUCAGUAUCAAUAUGAUUCCAGCUUUUAUGCAAGGGACAACGUCCUGGCUCAUGUCAACUUCAGCUUCAUCUUGUUCUACCUUGUUGAGCAGAUUCUGAAGGUCUGGGCUUAUGGAUGCCGGCGAUACUUAGCCUCCAAACUCAACAUAUUCGAUGGCCUGCUGACCAUCAUUCUUCUUUUUGUGGAAAUUCUGUACGCAAUCGUCAACGGAGAUUUGUUCAACCCGCAAGGGAACAAGAGCGCCCUCGCUGAGGAGAUCCCGCUGUACGACCUGGUGCGCAUCAUCAACAUUCUCAUCAUCUUCCGUCUGUUCAGGCUUAUCACGCACUUUAAGACAAUGUCGGUCAUUGCUGCAACGUUGUUUGGCCUAAUACGAAACCUACGGGCAUUGAUUGGUAUCCUAGUGGUCAUCUAUUAUGUCUUUGCUGUGUUAGGCAUGGAACUGUUCAGAGGGACAAUACGCAUAGAGUCCACUAACAGUGUUAACAGAACCAAAGCAGAGUGUGGUAGCUACAGCCAACUGGAGUACUGGGCCAACAACUUUGACGACUUUGCAGCAGCUUUAGUGGUUCUCUUUGAUGUGAUGGUCGUUAAUAACUGGCAUGUGUUUCUGAAAGCGUAUGCUGAUGCGACAAGCAAGUGGUCCUAUUUGUUUUUCAUAGCCUGGUACUUUGUGUCUGUUCUGGUCUGCUUAAACGUGUUCACUGCCCUUAUCCUGGAGAAUUUCAUCACCAAGUGGGAUCGAGAGCAACAGCUGGAGGCUUCAGAGGAUCCCAACAACCAGCCCAGCUACCAGAUGUCAGUUCACACCAUGUUCAGAGAUGCACUCAUCGAGCCUACUGAGGACGAACUGAUGCUGGCAUUACGGAGCCAGCCUCACAUGAGACAUCUACGCCUCUGAUCUUAGGGGUCGUGACCUUCACGCCGAGACCGAACAGCCAAUGCAUUGUGGGAAACUGUGCAUCAGAAGAAUCACGGAACGAACGUGCAAUUUGUGUAGCAAUCUGCAAGCAACACAUAGGAAUGGGUGACUGCUGCACUGCAUCAUGGGAGUUUCAGCAAUGCAUGAUGGGGUUUUCAGCAAUGCAUGAUGGGAUUCUCAGCAAUGCAUGAUGGGUUUGCGAGGUCAAAGGUCGGCAGCCAUACUACAAUCAAAAACACCAGGUGGGCCCUUUCCAAUUUUUCUGUUUGUCCUUCCUUUAGGAAAGGACCCUACAGAAGUUUCUUCAUACUCGAUAAAGCAUUGACGAAAUGCUGAUAGGACUGGAAAAAGAAACUGGAACAGCCAAGAAAUUUCUGUAGAAUCCUUUCUUAAUGGCUGUAGUUAUAACAAAUAUGGAUGAGGAUCCUGAUACAUCAUGGCAAGUCGCAGCAGCAGUGCAUUAUGGGAAGAUGGCGGCUUCUUCUCCUUAGCAACACCAUUUACAUCAGAUGCAGAGAAGAAUCUUGUCUUGUUUGAAUGACACUCACAAACCAAAGUCUUCAGAACUGAAUUUGCUAUAAGGAAAUUUUUGAAUCAUCCCUUGUCGGAACGGUGAUAAAUCAACUAUCUGAACAGUUACAUGUAUUGAAUUUUACCCUUUUUUUGCGUCACGGAGCUGUACGUUUGUGUACUUAGUAUGUGGGGUAGAGUUUAACUAUAAGAACAAAAGAAACACAAAGCCUUGUCCUUGAAUGUAAUGGUAAAGUACGACUGUUUUGUGUGAUUGAAACGCCGAUGGAAACAAGCCAACUUUGUAAUAACUUGCUACAGAUGCCGUUUUGUCAGAAUACGCCGUCUAUAAUGGAACAAAUUUGUCUGAAAUCGUGUGUGGUGUAUUGUAUGUUCGCCAAGCAUAAGUUGUGUACUUCAGCAAAGAAGACCCAAUAUAAAAUAUUACCGUAAAGCUAUCUUUCCGUAAGCAUCCAUGUUACGUAUUUGCAACUGUAUUCACUAUAGGCCUACUACGCAACAGUUGCAACACGGACUGAAUUGGACUAAUAGACGUAAUAAUAAAAAUACCAGUGCUUAUAUAGCACAAUUCCAAACUAAUGAUUAUUGUGCUUUACAAAAAAAAUUAUAUGAAACAUGAUUGAAAACGUAAAAGUAAAAUGUAACAGUUAUAAGAUUAACUUUUCAAAUGAUUAAUCUUGCAUUUUCUAGUUACAAUUUGGAUUAAUCAAAGAGAUAAUUUUAUUUUUCACGUCAGUCGGUGGAUAUAUAUGAUGCUCACACGGGACAUUUAAUGAACCAUUAAUUUACACACUUGUUCAGAAUACUAUUCUUGAAAGGAUUUGCAUCAAGUAUACAUGCACCAUUAGUGUAAAUCCGACUUAUCGAAAGAGUUUCGUGUGUGGAUUUGUUAAGGAUAUUGGCAAGAGAAACGGUUUAGUGCACGCUCCUCAGCCCCUAAAAGGAGCCUUCAUUUUCACAACGUUGUUUUUCAAUUAAUCAAACCAAAAAAUAUAACUUAAUAACCGUCAUUUACAUCGACGAAUCAAGAAACCAAAUAUUUUUGCAUACAUAAAAUUAUAUGUAAUUAAGUACAUUCUGCAAAGUUGAGCUGCUAAAAUCGUGACAACAAUUGUGAGAUUUUUAAAUACAUGUACUGCAUAUUUCUGCAGUUGAACUUGGAAAUUGUGGAUGCACUGGACCAUUUGAAUGAGAUAUUUCGAUUGGGAAUACGAUAAUCACUUUAAAGAAUAGAGGCUUGUUACUUUUGCAAUGUUGUUUAUUUAUCUAAAAGUUUACGUGGUCUCCUUUUUGAGAAAGAGUAUGAUGUAAAUGUAGAUAUUCUCUGGCAAAAGAAUUAAUUUAUAUAUCGAUUUUUCAAGGUUUUUGUUUUAUAGACGUUGCAAAGUAUUUAAAUUUUACUUUAACCUUGCUAAAAUGUAGCUCUUUGCUUUUGUUGCGACAUAUUUUAUUUUAUUUUAUUUUUAAUUUUUUCCCUUUUUUGGGGGUGGGGUUAUGGGGGUGGGGGGUAAUGAUGAAAGUUAGACUCGGGAUCAGUACUUACAUUGUACAUUUAAAGAUAGUGUUAUUCACCUAUAAAAUAAUCAUAUUUAUUUGAAAUAUUAAAAUAAUACGCAAUUGUAUAAAAAAACUGUUAAAAAUAAACAAUUAAACAAUUAUCAUAAUUGAAUAAAUUUAAUAAGCAGGAUUUACAAAUAUAAAGUAGACAUCGUUAUGAAAAAUUUUGCGUCAUGCGUACAGUGUGCCUGGUAUACGUGGACGCGUUCACAAGACCAACUUGCUAUCGUUGCGUAAUAGGAUGAAAUCCGUUGGCAGUGGUGCUGUGCUUCGUAAGUUUGCUGGAAUUGUGUCUUGUAAGAGUACUUGUGCGGGUAGAUAUAUGCAUGAAGAAUAUCAAGUAUGUGCCAAUAUGUUACCAUGCUUAACUUAUUAUACAUGUAAAGAUAUGCCUUGCUACCAAAAAAAAUCUGCCUAAAAGGCCGUUUUGUACUUAACGCAAAAGCAGAAACGAAGUAAAUUUCACGACGUCAACAAUGGAAGUUCCAUUGUGACAUUUGCUGUUAACUUAAUGAAUUCAUUUCGCACGGACGUUCGCAUGAAGUAUGGAAUCGGCCUUAAUUUUGCUACUUGACUAGUUACAAACGUGCCAAUAUGCUUCCAUUAUUAAAACUAAACGCAUUAUAUGUCUUGACACCAAAAACCUGUGUAACGUGGCCAUAAUACAUAGGUCCAGUUGUUUAUAUGUACUUGAAUAACAUUAUUCCUGCUUGGCAAGAAAUUGUCUCAAUAAAACACUAAACUAUGUGCAAAUA